AUGGUCUCUGCAAUGGCUUCUGGCUCAGACGAGAAGACGAGACGUUGCAUGGAGGGGCAAUCGAGAUCCGCCGUCAGUGUCGAUGUCGAUGUCGAUGUCGAUGUUGCUGACGGAGGGAGGAAGAGGGAGAGAAACAGCGAGGAGAUAAAGAACCUCGCCGGCUGCUCAAAGGGGAUAUUUGUUUGUUCUUCCCUGUCGUUGGCAGAGGAAGAGCAGGCCUGGAGACGAGGAAAAGCACCAAAAGUCGAAGGGAAGAGGUCAAAAGAGUGGGAGAAGGAGGUUGAGAUAUCUGGAAAGAGCACGGCCGCUGUUGUUGUUCUUUUUUAA